AUGUCAUUGUUUGUAGUUCUAUUAUUGAUAGGAAUAGUUAAUCAAUAUUCAAAUGGAUAUUCAAAUAAUUCGAAAUUUCCAUUAUAUUCUUUUCAAGUUCGAAUAAAAUCUGUUCUAUGUCCAGAUGGAGAAAGUUAUUGUCCUGAUAAUGAAACAUGUUGUAAAUUGUCAUCGGGUCAAUAUGGUUGUUGUCCUCUUCCUAAUGCUGUUUGUUGCAAUGAUAAUCUUCAUUGUUGUCCAACUGGUUAUAGAUGUGAUGUUGAACACUCAAGAUGUGAAAAAGGAUUUAGAAAAUCUUAUUAUAUUUUAUGUCCUGAUGGUGAAAUGUUAUGUUCUCAUGAUGAAACAUGUUGUCAAUUACAGUCGGGAAAGUAUGCUUGUUGUCCAUUACGUGAUGCUGUUUGUUGUAGUGAUUAUGUUCAUUGUUGUCCAUAUGGAUAUAGAUGUCAGAUUGAUUUAAAUAAGUGUCAAAAAAAUAUUUCUAUUCGAUGGUUUAGAAAAAACUUGGCAUUUCCUAUAAAAAAUAUCUUAUCAUCAAAAUUAAUAUAUUAUUCAUUAUCAAAUAUUUCAAGAAUUCAAUCUUCUGAUGAAAUAUCAAAUUGUUCUCAAUUAAAUAAUAAAUCAUAUGUAUGUUGUCUAUAUCGUCAAGGAUCUUCUUCUUAUGAUAAAAUACAUUAUUGUCAAAAAAGUUCUUUAUGUCAUCAUUCAUGCUCAAGAUCUAUUCAAAAUUUUAAUUUAAUUGAUAAAAUAAAAAUAAAAAGUGAAAGAUUAAUUCGAUUAUCUAUUAUUGAAAAUAAAAUAUCUCCUUAUGGGAAAAGAAAAUAUUCAUUUUAUUCAAUAUGUUGUCGAAAUAAAGAUAAAAAAUGUCGAAGUUAUUCAUCUUGUUCUUAUUCAGAAGAUAUAUAUUAUUCUUGGAAUUAUUCAUAUUUUCCUCAAUAUAAAUAUAUUUGUGAUGAAAAAGAAUUAUCUUCUCAAUUAAAUAAAAGAAUUUUAAUAGAAAAUCAAAGUUUAAAUAAAUGUGGAUCAACAAAUGUAGUUUGUCCAUAUAAUAAAACUUGUUGUAAAACUUCUCAAUCAAAUUCUGAUCAAUAUGCUUGUUGUCAUUAUUCUAAUGGUGUAUGUUGUAAUGAUGGUCGACAUUGUUGUCCAAAAGGCACAAUAUGUCAUUAUAAGUCUGGUGCGUGUAUUAUACCUUAUAAAUGUUGGAUAGUUGUUUGUAUAAGUGAUACACAUCAAAAACAUCGUCAAUUAACAGAUCGAUUAAAAUCAAGUCAUAGUGGUGAUAUUCUUAUACAUGCUGGAGAUAUAACGAAUUUUGCUCGUGGUUCAAAACCAUUUUAUGAUUUUGAUCAAUGGUUAAGUGAACUUCCAUUUCGACAUAAAUUAAUUAUUGCUGGAAAUCACGAUUCAAUUUUAAGUCCAUCUAUUAAUCAUGGACGAUUUUUAGAAGAUGAACAGGUUAUUAUUGAUGAUUAUCUUCGUAUAUAUGGUUCAUCAUGGCGUCCUACAGGUCAAUCUACAUGGUCGGAUAUUCCUUCAAAUCCACAUAUUGUAAUAACACAUAAUCCACCUUGUUCACCAAAUGGAUCACAUGUCGAUUUAGAACCUAAAUUAGAAUUAAGAUUACAUGAAAUAAGACCUUUACUUUCAAUAUUUGGUCAUAUUCAUUCAGAUUAUGGAGUUUGGAAACAAUCAAAUGGAGUUCUAUUUGCUAAUGCAGCAUCUCUUCCUUCUUCUCGAUCUCAAAUAUUAAAUGAUCCUUUAAGGUUCAAAAUUUCAAUCGAUGAAAAUUCAAUGACUUCUAUUGAACAUCUCAUAUCUAAAUAA